CGCUCCGCCACCGAGCGACCGUAGCAGGAAGCGCGCUUCGUCGAGGGCAGACGCCGAGGGUGGCUCAAUUGUGCUUUUUAUUUCGUGUGUGUGCGUGUGUGUGUCUGCUUGCUUCAAAAAUAGGAAAAGAAAAAGCACGGAUCCUACGUCGAACCUUCACUGCUUCUCCCCCUCCACGAGCACAGAACCCAGCCCACCGCGCGUCCCGCCAAACACCGGAUCGAAACCCGGAGUGUCUUCCAUGAUCCUGGCUCCCUCCUCGACGGCGCGGCGCGGACCGGCGAUCGGGGGCGGCUUCCCGUCCCGCUAAGCUACACCUUUCUCGCGACCGGAUGUGCUCCACGACGUCCUUCGGCGGUCCACAUGUCGUCGCGCGAAGUAUACGGGAGCUCCGCCGCGCAGCAGCGGUCUCCGCGGCCCACCUCGCGGCAUCAGGAUGUUAUGCUGGGCACGGGACCGCCUUCGUCUAAGGCAUACGCGUCCAUCUCGCAGCCGGCGUCCGCAAGGGGAAGUCCCAUCGCGCGGAAUCUAUCUUCGCCGUCUCAAGCCCGCCGGAUGAGACCUGGAGGACCGUACGGUGUUAGCCGAUCCAGCAACAGCAGUCCACUAACCAUGGCGCACGAGUCUGGAUACUAUGACGAUAUGGCCGAAGCGCGGUCUUCGCAUCGCAGCCGUUCGGUGACCAGAACUCCCAUGAGGUCCUACGCGUCUAUGGAUCGAGACCAGGAGUUUGAACCCAUAAGAGACCCUCGAGAGCGGUCGUUGGACCGUGGUGGUGAUUACGGACCGCGUCAGACGUCGAGGUACCGACCUGAGGAUGCGUACCGUGAAACAGCAAUCGACGGUGAACCAUACAGUUCGUCGUCGCGUUACGGCGGUGGUGGUUAUGGUGGUGGCAGAGAUUCGUCGUUUGUGGCUGAGCUGCAGACUAGGCUUAACGAAUUGCAGAGCCAGUACGGCAGUGUGAAACGGGAAUUGGACGCUACGACGCAAAAAUUGGGAUCCAGCAUGCACAGCAUCAAAACGUUCUGGAGUCCAGAACUGAAGAAAGAGAGGGCACUGAGAAAGGAGGAAGCAGCCAAGUAUGCCCUCAUCAACGACCAGCUCAAGAUACUCAGAUCGGAGAACCAGAAGCAGUCAGCACUUAUCCGUCAACUGGAGGAAGAGCUCCGCAUGGCCCACAUGCGAAACCCGGACGCAGAACUCCAACAGCACCUGGACGCCCUCUACGCCGAGAAGGAGCACAUGGCCAAGGAGAUCUACUUGCUCCGGGAAACCAUCAAGGAACUAGAACUUCGGAUUGAGACGCAGAAACAGACACUGGCUUCCAGGGACGAGAGUAUCAAAAAGCUCAUGGAGAUGCUUCAGAACAAGGGUGUUGGGAGCCAGGUGCUGGACGAGCAGCGGAUCGAGAUGGAGCGGCUGAAAAGUCGGCUCGUGGAGUCCGAAGCUCGGUCGAGGCACCUGGAGACCAUGCUGGAGACCCGAGAAAGAGACAUCGUCAAGCAGGCGUCAACCAGAGAAGCCAGACAAUCGGCAGAUGGCGCAGAGAACGAGCAGACGACAGUUUCGGAAGCAGAAGAACUGACCACAAAGUACAGCAGUCACAUUGCCAUGAUGGAAGCGGUUCUGGAAAUCAAGGAGGCCAGGAUCUCCGUCGUAGAAAGUGAAGUCGAUAUGCUGAAGAAAGAACUGGCACAGGCCUUGGACAUGGGCCGUCCUGAGCUCACGGCUCAUACGCCGCAGCUAACGGAUCGUAAGCCGCAGCAGAAUGAAGUCGAACUCAAACGGAAGAUGGAUGAGCUUCGUAUGGAGCUGAACAAGCGUGAACAAGAAGUGCUGGCGAUGGGCGCCAAGAUGAAGACGCUUGAGGAACAGCACCACGACUACCAGAGACACAUUGCCGUGCUCAAGGAAUCACUCUGCGCAAAGGAGGAACAUUACAAUAUGCUGCAAACGGAUGUUGAAGAACUCCGCCAACGAUUAGAAGAGAAAAACAAGCUGAUUGAAAAGAAGACACAGCAGGCGAUGCAGACGUCGCAAGAACGCAGUGCCAUCAGCCAAGAACUGCAGGAACUCAGGGAUCAUAUGGACAUCAAGGACAGGAAAAUCAACGUACUCCAGAGGAAGAUCGAGAACUUGGAAGAUCUUCUGAAGGAGAAAGACACUCAAGUAGACAUGGCCCGUUCCCGGCUUUCUGCCAUCCAGGCACAGCACUCUAGCUCCGAGGGAACCCUAACGAGCCUCGAAGAAGCCAUCGCGGACAAAGAGCGUCAAGCGGCCCAACUCCGCGAACAACGGGACCGCGCGGAGCAAGAACGCAACGAAGAACGCGAACUCCACGAGCGGGAACUUGCCGAAUACCGCAUGCGUAUGCACGCACUAGAGGGCGACAACGACAAGCUCCGUGUCCGUCUCGAAAAAGCCGCCACUGAAAAGGAGAGGCUCGAGACUAAACUCGAAGCCUCUCAGUCUGAGCUAGGGCAAGCACGGGCUGAGCUAGACCGAGUUCAGGGAGAGGUAAGCAGGUCAUCCGGCGAAUGGGAACGCCUAAGAAAUGAACAUGCUCGCUUGGCCCUUGAAAACGACCGCUAUAGAGAGCACGUCGGUCGGCUUGAACAAGGCGUUGGUCUAGGCAGCCAUACGGGAAGCUUGUACGGCACGCGAACUAGCAACCAGACUCAGUCGGUAGGUGAAGAGGUGGGGAGGUUGCAGGAGCGAUUAGACAAGGCGCAGUCGGAGUUGCGGAGAGCGCAAGCAGAGUUACGAAUGACACAGGCGGAACAGGAGAGAUCGAGAGGAGAAGUAGAACAGUUGCAAGAGAAGCUUGAAAGAUCCCAGGGUGAGGUGUACAGGUUGAAGGCUAAGUUGGAGAACGCUCAGGCUGAACGAGAGGCACUCCAAGAAGAGUUAGAGCGGGCGCAGGGUGCCGUAGCGCGUGGUCAGGGAGAAAAAGAGGCAGCUCAAGGGGAAGCUGAUAAGUUAAGAGCGGAACUAGACCGCAUACAAGGUGCUCUCGCGAAAUCGCAAUUAGCACAGGAGAAAGCGCAAGCCGCGCUCGACCGAGCUCAGCUAGACGGAGACAGGAUACAGGAGAAACUAGACAAGGCGGCAGCGGAAACGAGGCGCCUUCAGGGCGACCGCGAGAGGGCGCAGAGGGAAGCCGAGUCCCUCCAGACCCAACUGACUCAAGCACAGGCGCACGCUCAGCGUUUGCUCAAAGAGCGGGACGCGGCCCAGAGUGAAGCCGACGCCCAAAGGGAUAAACUAGAACGGUCCCAGGGUCAAGCUCAGAGACUCCUCCGAGAACGGGAGGCGGCACAAGCUGAAGCGGAGGCCCUUCGGGAGCGUACCGAUGUACUCCAGGCACAACUGGGCAAAGCGCUCAAGGAGCGAGAGAACGCUCAAGCUGAGUUUGAGGUGGUACGCGACCGACACGAGAAACUACAACUUCAGCUCGAGAGAGCGCACGCUGAAAGAGAUGCGGCGCAGGCUGAGGUGAGGACAAUGCGGGAUCGACUGGACAAGUUGCAAGGACAAUUGCAGAAGGCACACGAAGACCGCGAACUAGCGAGGGUGGAACAUGAGAAAGCUCUCGAGCGGUUAGACAGAACGCAGUCGGAGGCGCUGAAGACGCAAACCCGCUACGACCAGAGCCAAGGAGAGAUUGAUAGGCUCACAUUGGAACUCGAAAAGAGUCAGGUGCUCCUGGCAAAGUCACGCGAAGACCACAAGAGAUCACAGGAGGAAUUCGAAGGUUUGCGAGACCUCUACGUACGUACAAACUCCCAGCUGGCUAAGACCAAGGAGUCUGAAGAGAAGAGUCGACAAGACUUAGACAGGUGCCAGGUUGAACUGGAGGUAGCGCGUGACAGAUACGAAAAGGCGCAGCUAGAAACACGCCGGUUACAGGCCGAACGAGACAAGCUCCAAGCGGAAGUCGACCGUCUGUCUCUCGACAUGGACCGGAUUCAGACUCACGUUGGUAAGACACAGACGCACCACGAGAAGUCUCAAGAGGAGCUAGCACGCAUGCAGGUUGAACUGGAGAAGGUGUAUGAGAAGCUCGACAGGGCGCAGACCGAGUUACGUAAGGCGCAAAAUGAAAAAGAUAGGCUUCAAUCCGAGAAAGAGAGUCAGCAAGCGGAAUUGGAACGGUACCAGGCUCAACUGGCAAAGUACCAUGGGGUGCAUGACAAGUCUCAAGCGGACGUCGAGAGGCUUCAUAUCGAAGUUGAGAAGAUGAGGGAUAAAUACGAGAAGACGCUUGCGGAAUUGGAUAAGAGCAACCAGAAAGGAGAAAGGCAGGGUGAGGAAAUGGUUCGCAUGAAGGAAGAGCUGCAGCGCCUUCAGGCGGAGAAAGGGGUAACGCAAGAAGAACGGGAAGCUCACGCCGCAGAAAUGGAGCGCAUGUUCAUUGAAGUUGAAAAGGUGAAGGACAAGUAUGAAGGAGCUCGUGCAGAAGUGAAGAAACUUCAAGACAUUCGAAACCAGCAACAAGUUGAACUCGAACGACUUCGUAAGGCCUUAGACAGCACGCAAUCAGCCGACGACCGACAGAAGCAAGAAACCGAAAGGCUGAUCAUCGAAUGCGAAAAGAUGAAAGACAAGAUGGAACGAAGCCAAGGAGAGCUCGCACGAGCGCAGAAAGAGCGAGACGCCCUCAGGGAAGAUCUGAGACAGGCCCAGGUUGCUUUGGCUCAAGCUCAGGGUCAGCUUGAGAAUAUCCAUUCUAUGCAGGAGGGUGAUCGACAGAAAAGUACGCAGGAAGUUGACCGUCUUCGUCACCUCCUCGGUAGAUCCGAGGAAGAUUUGCAGAAGACGGUCGCUGAAAAUAGCCGGUUGCAAAUGGAGGUAGAACGCCUCAAACAAGACAUUGAGGAUUCUGAAAGGUAUAUGACCAGUGUACGCGAAAGCUCCCAGAAGGACCGAGGAGAACAAGAGCAACUCCGUCUCGAGAGCAAACGAUUGAAGGAGCAGCUAGAAAACAUGCAGGAAGAACUCUGGCGAACAUCUGAAGACAGGAACAGACUGGAGACGGAGGUCCAGGAACUCAUUGGAGAGUUGGAGCGAAGCAGAAGCAAUUCUGUCGGGCAGGCUGAAGAAAUAACUCAACGGUCUAAGGCUGAGGUUGAGAAAUACCAGCACGAAUUGCUGAAGGUACAGAAGGACAUCAAAAAGAGCGAGCUCCAGCUGCAGAAACUCGAAGCUGAGAACAAAGAGCUGAGGACAAAGCUAGAGAAGUCCUUGGAAACUGCGGCCGAAAUGAAGAAACAUGCGGAGGAAGCCAAGCAGGAAAACAACAAGCUCAAAGAAGCGAACAGAGUUCUGAAACAACAACAAGCAGAAGGUCUGAAGGCGAACGAAAAGGGACUAGCUGCGGAGAGAGACAAGCUCCAACGAGAAUUGGAUAGAAUGCAGGUUGAGCUCGAGAACCAGCGCAUGGAAACAAAUCGCAUGGCGCAAGAAGCCCAACAGUUACGAAAGCAGCUGGAGAAGUCUCAGGCGGAGGUCAAGAGCUUUGCCGUAGAACGGGAUCGGUUCCAGGACCAGUUAGAGAAGCUGGUGCAAGAGAUCGAAAGGAGAGAGACUGAAAUACAGUCUUUACGGAACCGACCACAAGGCAACCCAAAGCAAGACGCGGAGCUUGAGGCCAUUCGCAAGAAGCUGGAUGAGAAACAGCGUUCACUCGAUGACCUGGACAAAAAACUAAAGAAGCGGAAAGAGAAGCUCGACGAAAUGGAGGCACAGUUGAAGAAGGCGCAGACGAACGGCUCUGAAACGGAGCAAGAACUGGUCCGACAACUAGCUGAAAUGAAGAUGAGGUGCGCGGACUUGGAGACUCGCCAGGGUGGCGGCGGCGGUGCUGGAGGAGGAGCGUCAGAAGCAGAACUUGAACGCCUGCUCCAGAUCAUGUCCUCUUUGGAAGCUGAGAAGAUCGCACUCACGGGACAAAUCAAGGAUCUGCAAGAUGCCCUGAAGGACCGUGACCAGAAACUGAGCCAUAUGAAGAGGAACCAACAAGGAGACAAGACGCGUAGUGCCCAGAUGCUCGAUGAGGCUAGGAGAAGAGAAGGCGAAAUGGGCAGGGAGGCUUCCAAGGCACAGGAGCAAAUCCUAGAGCAGAAGGACAGGAUAGAAGUCCUGGAGGAAGCGUUGAAAGAAAGCGUGGCCAUCACAACGGAGAGUGAAGCGACUGUAGUUCAGCACAAGGAGCUGCUUCAGGCAGCGAAUGACAGGAUUGUGAAGCUGCAGUCUCAAGUACAAGCCCUGCAGAACAGUUACAACGCACGCUGUACCAACUGUCCAGCGCUGAAGUUGAAACUGAAAGAUGUGGGCAACAGUCAUCACACCCUAGUCAGUGAGAGAAGACAGCAUCUUGAAGAGCUCUUUGAGAUGAAGUUGGAAGCGCUAUCAGCAGCAGUGAGUGAGAAAGACGCCCACUUGGCCCUUUUGGAAAUGUCGGGGAUCAAAAACGCACAAACAGCACAGGAGGUGGACAAACUGAGGGCCGAGAAGAAGAAGCUGGUCGACAGGAUCCGGGCUGAGAAUGAGAACAGAGUCAGCUUGUUAUCACGACUCGAUGAACAGAAUGCAGGAAGAAAUGGUGUUCUUCAGUCUAGUGAGGACGACACGAAGGAUGAAGCCUCGCGAUCCUGAGGCCUGAGGAUGCCUGAAAUCCUAACAAAUACUCGGUAGCAGCCGCUCUGCGGACUACAGUGAAUCACCUACUCAGCAUCUCAGAGGUACUCCGCGUCUGCAAACAACAGUUAGACCACCAUGUGCCAUACCUCUUGGUUUCUAUGGGCAUCGUCCUAAGAAAUACGUGUAUGUUUGUACAUAUAUACCCUGCUCUAUUCCAUUAUUUAUUUGUUGGUGCCAAAGAAAAAAAUUGUUUUAUGUUUACACAUAUAGGUGCUUACUUGUUAAGUUAUUCGCAGAUAAGAUCAUUAUUGUUUUCUUGCAACCAAAGUAUGUCUUCGUACUAGUAUGUACUUUAUGUCGUUCUUCCUUUCACAUUCCGUGCAUAUGCUUGGUGCAGUCACGUGAUCAAAAGUGAGACUUAUCUUACUGUUAGCUACGACGUUAUGUCACUGCAUUUGUCGCACUCUGCUUUGUGUACAUGCCCGUGACAUUCGAUUGGUCAAGUUGAGUUCGGACUGCUUGUUCCAACGCCGACGUGGAUACGAAUUUUGAAAUCUUGUUCUUUUUGCAUGAAUCCGAAACCGUGGACCUGUGCUUAGCAGAGAUUCGUCACGUCGUUUACUAAAUAUGCACAGGGGGCGCCCACCACCCGCCAUUUUGUGACCACCCUCGAGCGGUCGAUCCUCACAAAAUCGCCGUCUUGUCCUCGUCGCGUACAACAUCGUUUUGUGGUCACAUGACCUUUCAUUUUUAUUUUUUUCGUUUUGGCGUCAGCCGAAAUUUCUUCGCCGGCGCUAAAUCACGAAAUGAACGUAUUUUACUUGGUUUAAAUUACACGGUGGUUAAUUCGUACCUGACAUGGCAGUUUACUUCUGCGAAUUCUCAGUACAUCGCACCCGCUGUGCGCCCCAGCACCAGUACCGUGCAUAUGAUCACUUCGUAGUGGGUGGCAAGUAGUACGGAACCACAUUUGUAAGCCUUCGUAUCUACUGGACCUUUUUCCUAACGGGCUAUGCUCAUGCGCAUGACCUUGAGGCGCCGGAGAGGGUUAUUUCCGUCUUCACUAGAUGGCGCAGUAUGGGUUUGGUCCUUCGUGCUAUUCACGUGGGUUCGUUUUGACGUGCUCCGAGCGUGGUUCUCUAGACAGCCGCUAGGAUACGAUGCGUAUGUGAAAAAUGGUCCAUAGACCUGUCACAUGGGCAGUGUUCAAUGAGCAUUGAAACCAGCGCCGUGUUUUAAAAGGAAGUCUGGCCAUUAGAAGGAGCCUAAAAAAAAGAGGCUCUACCUGUCAAUCAAAUUGAGCCUUUUUCAUUGGCUGCUGUUUCCUAUGUGGGCGGCCACGACACUAAAAUUUUCCGGCGGAAAUGGCGGCGCAGCUUGGAACGGCGAAGAGAGAAUUUCAUGACAAAUUUUCUUUUUCACAAAUUACUUUAAUUUUCUUCCGUAAGUGUAUAUAUUCUGUUGCAGUUAUCUUGGAAAUCACCUCUCUAUGUUUACGUGAACAGAAAAUGUUUCGUCGUCCUUCUUAGGCCUAAUAAAGACAGCGAUCGCAAGAAAACAACAACAAAAAAAAAAAAAAAACGUUGCGGAUGCCCAAAAAGAUGCAUUUUAUGACAUACUUUUAUUCAUAUAUACACACCUUUGUCCGUUCUUGAUUCGAUCUUGUUGUGUUUCAUAGUUAAAAUACGUAUAAUACCGGCAGCCUGUUCCAACGAGCGGUUCUGCGGCCAAUCUGUGCUGUUAGCAAGCAGUUCUGCUGUUCUGCGUGUUCCCGACAUGCCCCUCUCCAUCGAGAUGGACGAUAAAAGUGGCCGCAAAAUUCAUUAUAUUGGUAGGUCGUCAGGGAACAUCCCAUUCAAUCCAAUCCAAUCCAGUUUCCCGAAAAUAGUGGCACCCAGAGAAUACAGGUGAAACAUAGCAUGGAUAGCCUGGGAUUAAUAACGAACUGUAUUUCGGCUCGUGAUUGGCCAGGGAGCUCAAAAAGUGGGUGGAGCUCCAGGUAUAGGCAGGUCCCAUUAAUGACCAGACUCUCUUUGGCAUACACGGCACUGAUUGAAACAUGCGACUAGCGCCACCAAGCUAGUAACGUGUCAACUUCUCGAAGAGCACUGGAUUGGAGCAACUGGAGCACCUGACAGGUUGACAUGUCACACGCUAGGUGGUGCAACAUGUUCAAUGGCUAUUGCUUUCAAUUAUCAUUGCAGACUUGCCAUGUCACAUGGGGUUUUCGUCGAAGAAUAUUAAUCACACUCGUCACCGAAAUUGAAAUACGUUUUGUUGCCAAUCAUUGCCCCCGGCAUUUGUAUGGCCACGUGAACGAUGACGUCUACAAUGACAUGUGACCAGAGCCUGUCCAGAAUGCAUUGCGUUGGCCUGGCGCGCUAUUUUGUAUGGACCGACACUCGGUAGGGCUCCCCUAUGCAAGUAAGCGAGGAAGCCGGCCCAAAAAGAGCUUGAAAAAAAAAGUAAAAAUUGUAGCGGAGGGAAAGUCAGUCACAUUCACAUUUGCUCAAAGAAUGCCGAAAGAUGGCGUUGUAGAGCAACGUGCACUCACUUGGGGUCACGUGGAUAAUAUGCUUCUCGUCCACUGGCCCCACAAUUUUUUUUGGAUUGGAUUGGAUUGGAUAUUGCGACUUCUCCCUAGGCUUGGUCUAUAUUUCGUCAGAAAUUGAUCGAACAGCGUCAUCUCGCGUUGAAUCCGAACGUCGUCCGCGCUGUAACGGCAGCCAUUGCCCAACUGGUAUAGGCUUCCCUUCUGUGGCUAUGAGUUUUCUUUCUUGAUUCAUUCAUUUUUGUUUUGUUUUUGUUGUUGUUGUCGAAGGAUCGUUCGAGAUUGGAAGCGAGAUGUUUUAGCUUUAUGAUACGAUGAUGUAAUGGCGUGUCGUUCAAGGCAUACGCGAGAGAAACAACGCGGAGGGGGCGGUUCGUGUUAUUUCCUUCCUGUUGUUGCUUGUAUUUUCGUAACGCAGAAAUGUGAUAAGCGAGAAGGACAUAUCACUUCGCUCAAAGCGAAUCGUUGGCGAAAGGUUAGUGGCGCGAGAACAUGAAAAACCAAGCAGGUUAAAUCACAGCUAGGUUAUAUCACUUUAAAAAUCACUUAUUCCUUAUACUUUUGCCUCCCUCAAACGAUAUCCUAUCUCUUACCUCAGCAUCACGUGACCGAUGCAGUGGUGCAACGCUUGGAGGUAUGUGGAGAAGCGAAGCUGAAAGCCUGUAUAAAAUGCUUAAUUGGGGGGAGGGGGAAGUUUUUUUUUUUUUAAUUUCACUCAGAGUAUAUACGAAGUGAAGAUAUAUGUAUUGUGAAUUGCCUAUGUCACAAAUAUGCUUUGCCUAAGUGCAUUCUCUAAACGUUAGAAAGAACCCCGUGCUCCUGUUUCACCGUGGUAGCUCUAUAUUCAUGAAAGGCAAUCUCGUUCACACGCGUUGGUACUCACGGAAACUCACUCGUGUACCUCUAGCAGCACAUCGGAGGCGGAGAAGCGUUUUUCCUCGUUAUCUAUGCAAUACUUUCGCGCACUUGCCACACAUAUAUAUGAUACGAAAAACGAAUAACUAUAGUGCCCAUAAAUUUCAUUUCACUCACUUGCCUCGCUGUAGUUUCGGACGCUUUAUUAAUUUCAUAAUCUACAAAAAAAAGAGAGAAGAAAACAAAUAAUAUAACACUAAUUACGUGGAUGUACAUUAAUAUUUGACCGGUAUAUCGAGUGCCUCUUGACACGAUAGUUAAAAUGCCAGUAUGGUUAGAUAAUAGAAGUUGAAUCGUUGUGCAACAUUUUCUCCCGGUUGUCUUUGGAAUAGAUGCUAUAUCUCCUGUUCAGAACGCGCUUUAAUCCCUAUCAAUAUGACCAGUACUGUUUAAAAAAAGCAAGGGUUCAGCGUCCCGUUAACUGUGACUGUAUUCUUCGCUGUGAAAGACAUUCUUGCCUGUGCGUUCUGUGAUGUACGUGUUCUAUGGUUCGACGAACUAAUCUUCCAUAUACGGACAUGUAUAGAAAUAGACUGGGUGUGUGUAUAUAACGAUGUGAGCUAUUUGUACACUGCUAUGUUGAAAUCAUACACAUUCAUGCUGAAACGCUUGGCUUGCUGCUGGAGCUGUCUCAUGGCCUCUAUCCCGUGUAUCGAUGUUGCAAGAGUGACUGUAGACGGCAUUUUGUUUAAUACGUAGAGGCAUCCUGGUGCAAGCGAAAUACCACGUGAAACGAAAACGGCGUAUAAUGACAUAUAUGCAUGACCUUUACGGUUGAAGACUGAGGAAUGAACUGUAAGACACCCGGAACAUCAACUUGAGACAGUGAUCGGGAUCUGCUAAGGCAGAAACUUGGACACAAUUACAACGACUACUCAGGCGUUAAGGGCCAGCGGCAACAUACGACAUCGACCGUGUUUCCCUUAUUUGCUGCUUGAUGCAGUGCUUAAGGAAACAAGCAGGUAAUAUCAGUAACGCCUACAGGACAAUCACUGAGGCUACGCUGUAGGGUCAUCUGAGACAGUGACUGUAACUGUUAUGACACACAAAAGGGAGAGAUUAUUCAUCAGGACCCCUGUGCAAAGACGAAAAUUACAUGUAUGGGCUCUGGACGGAACUGUAGCAACCAACCAACAGCAUUGUUGCAGAUGCCAUACAGCUGCAGUGCAUUCAUGUGUGCUCGUGGCAUGCUAAACCUGCUAGAUACGCAUGGGACGACACAUUGCGUCCUUGUCUAACAUGUGCACUUUACUUCCACGACCUGUACCACAUCGAGAGGUCAAAGCCAAAGCGAGAAAAAAAAAAAAAGUCAUUCAAGUUAAAUGUCAAACAGGUCAACGCUGUAGACAUAAAGUGUCUGUAGAGCGUAUGAGCCCAUCACACAAGUCUGCAAUAGGUCACGAGAGCUCCGAAGACGUCUCCCCAACAAGCUGAGCUAUGACCACCGACCAAAGACUCAAUUGCGUACAGAUGAACUGCAUAGGAUUUACGUAAUAGAAUUGUGCUCGUAACGGCUUUCGAGUUACAGAUGACAUAGGACAGAAGCCCCAUGAAUACCCUAUGGGAUUAUAGUUUGUGACAGGCAAAACACUUGUUUUUUUUGGGAAUGGCCACCGGGCCACUGUGCCUCUGCCUUACACUGCCAUAACAUUUCACUCUGCAUUUACCAUAUGAGCGGCAAAACGACGGUGAAGAAAGGAAAAGAGGUUUCGAUCACAUUCGAAAGGAAUCGGUCGUGGGAAAGUGCAGUUUGAACAACCAACGUCCUUCUAUAAAACGCUGUAAGUGCUAGAAUGUAGCACACACACGUUGAAGACACCCUGCAGAAUAUGCUAAACAAUGUUUUUCUUACUACUCCUCACUUACUUCACUUAAUGGUUGAAUAUAACGUCUUCGGGUUAGAAUUAGGCGCAUGCGGUGUUCACGAUUACAGAGCGUAUGACAAAGGAUAUAGCUGGAUACGCCAGGAAGUGUUCGCAGAGCGUGGUGCUGUAUGUAUGCCAAGAUCAAUGGAUUAACGUUGCCAGUCCGUGUCGAUGAAGAGAUAUUUAAGAAAAUUCCGCGUAUUGGACAGCCAGUGGUACGUGCUGAGCAAGAUCGAGAAAAUUUAUGUGAAAGGGCUAGCAAGGUUUAGCCAGUAAAGCGACCACGUUAUCGGGAAUUAUGUGAGGUGAUAUAUGUAAAAAAAUAUGUGAGUAUAGCCAUACACUAACACUAUGCAUACCAGGGACACUGCAAGCUGGCUAAGAAUCGCAAAACGAAUGUUAGAAGCGGGUCAAUACAGGCAGCAUAUUAGCUUUUAAGACGCCACAAAAAAAUUCCCUAUUCACACAAGCACCUUAUGAUAAAGCGGGCUGUGAACGGCAUACCAACGACAUCCCAACGGGCAUCCAAGCGGUGGCCAUGGGGUGUUAAAAUCGAGGGCUCGAAUACACUCAGACACACACACACACACGCACAAAAGGAUAUCCUAGAAAUAUACACGAAGAACAAGCUAAUCCGUGGCCGCAGUAGAUAUUUGCUUCGACAACAUACACCAACUUAUCUCCUUAGAAAAAUAUAAAAGCAAAAAUGUUGCAACUUCUUUCCCUUCGCUGUGUGAAACAAUACUGUGGUGUCAAUGUUUUUCCUUCCUCCACCGAUCACAAACAGCCCCACCAAUCAAUGUCGCCUUCCCUCGCAAUUCACUAUCGUGACACUGUAUAGCCUUUCAGUGUACGCAUGCGCGUGAGUGUGCUGCCACCUACCGGCGUGUGGAAGCAACGCAGCUAAAAUAGCAUGGAUCGGUUCCUUCCUCAGUGUUCGCAUAAAAACUUAGAAGAAUUUAUGAAAUUGUGUCAUAAAAAGUGUGGAUGAAUAUAAGCUUUUCGCUACUGAUUGUUUACAACAUUGCGCGGUCACAGGACGCGCAGCCUGUUCUGCAACACGCCUUUUGCGAGUCUGUAUCUGCUGAUGAGUAUAGCUUGUUGCUUAAUUUGUUGCCCAUGAAGAAGAAAAAAAAAAAGAGUUACCCAGCCUGUUUACGACAGCAAUAUUCAGUGGAGGAGACAUCGACCGGACGGCGCCUAGUACAGCGUUUCGCCGCGUCGCGUCGCCCCACUCGGUGGAGUUGCCAACAACCUCGCCGUGAACAUCAAAAUGACGAACUGUCUGUGUGCAAGACGACGUUUGUUUCGUUCGUUCCUUUUGUGUUUCUUCGAGUGUACAUACUUUUCGAGAAACCUUCGCUGACUCACGUUCUUUUUUUUUUUCUUUCUUGGAAAUGUACGUUUCUCUCUUCUGUCCUGAAAAAGAAAAAGAAAAAUCUCACACUUA